AAUUGGCUACAGCCUCUGUUGGGAUGUAUAAAUAGAAAGCAAAGUAUUUUAGACCUUUCAAUGUGAAAACAGAGCUCCCAAGGCACACGAAAAUGCAUCGAGUCACAGCAGUCAUUUUUGCGAUUGCAAUCUCCAGUGCUGCUGCAGCACAGUGGGCAAAUAUCUGCUCGGGUCAACCUGCAAACAAAAUCAGAGGCUGCGACUCCACGGGCUGUGGUGGAUACAACCUCAGAGAAGGGAGGAAACACAAAGGGGUGGACGUGGUGUGCAAGGAUGGGUCCACGGUCUACGCGCCGUUCACGGGGAAGAUCGACAGACAAACCAGGCCGUACGGCAAUGGCAACGCCAUCGAUGACGGAGUGCAGCUUUCCGGAUCAGGAUUCUGCAUUAAGAUGUACUUCAUCAAACCGGUCAAGCACAGUGGCCCCAUAAGGAAGGGCGAGAAAAUCGGUGUCAUGCUGCCCAUGCAAAUCAUCUACCGAGCCACCAUCUCCCACAUCCACAUCCAGAACUGUGACUUAACCGACCCGACCCCCAACUUGUAAAGGGAAGAUUGUGCAUCAGAAACCAACCUUUUAGCCCAUCAUUUGUAUGUUCGUUACAUUGCCUGCGCAUAGAUAGUCACUCCAGUAAAGUGGAAGGCACUUGACCUUGAACAGGGGCUCUGCUUUCUACAAAGCAAGCGAUGCCCCCUCGAACAGCGCGCCGGUCAUUAGCUGCACACCAAGGGGCUUAGAGCAGCGUGGAACAAAUACGUUAAUGCCGUUGAUGUACCCUGCACGCUGCCGCAGGAGUAGGAAAAUGAAUGCUGAAGCAAUCGUGGAGGGAAGAGCAUACGUUCAGGAGAAGAAGGUUUUCUUGAUGCCCACCAGCAACACAGCCUGUAACAGUGCUGUAACACGCCAAGCCAACAGUUCUCUGCUCUCUUUGCAGCCGCAUUUCUUCAGUAAGACCAAAAUCUUCACUUCACUUAUGUAUGGAAAGUGAUGUUAUUAAAGGGCUGUUUCAUUUCAAACUG